AUGGAAACAAACGAUACAACCCAAGAGGAAGUAGAAUAUAUUGAUGAGGCACAAUUAAAAAAGAAAAGGAAAUCAUUAAAGCCCAAAACAAAAUCAAGACCAACAAGUGAAGAAUAUGUUGAAUACAAACGUUCCCUUACGGAUAGACAUUCAUCACCAAAUGUACAUUACUAUCCGCCACCACCUCACAUGCAAUACUAUCCGCCACCUCCUCAACAUGUCUCUUAUGGUGGUUAUCCACCUCACUACUCAAAUCCACCACCAGUCAAUUAUCAAUAUAACAAUGCAGUACCUCAACCAGCAUCAACAUAUUCAUCAGAUGGUGACUACAGCUACGAUCAAAACAAUGGAAAAUUUUAUUUCAAACCAAGAAGAGAAACCUUGAAUUGGAGAGUUUUACUUUCUUUAAACUUGGAGAAAAUUAUGGAUAAAGUUGAUAUUGACACUUUGGAAAGUAUUACAAAGAAUUUAACCUUUGCGAGAGUUGACUUUAAUGAUUUACGAUAUUUCAAUGAAACGAAUUUUGUUCAAGUAUUCAGACUAUCUCAAUUAAUAAUUGAGUAUUUGCUGUACGUUCAGAACUAUUUAUCGGUGAAGAAGUAA